GCCUUACCGCCGCAUUCUCGAGCGUUCCGCGUUCGUCAUCGCUCGUGUUUCCAUUCCCCCUUUCACGUUAAAACAGCAUUCAAAACUGGUCAAACAUUGGCCCAUCGGUCUGAAGUUGCAACGAACCCACCCGCUCAAUGAGUAGGUGGAUGUGUAAAAGACGCAAUAGUGUUUACGAAACAAAGAAGUGAACCUGAGUUUAUUUAUUAUUGUGAAUUUGGAUUAAUAAUAGUCACCUCCAUUGAUUCGUUGAAAAUUUUUCACCAUUUCGCAGUGACCCCACCCUUGGUCGUACCGCCUCCAGCGGGAAACGGAUAUAUAUUAUUAUUAUAUUUUUCUACCUCGUUCUGGGGUGUCGUGUUGGCGGACAAAAUAGUGCGUCUUUUGUUCGCGUUACGAUCGUCAAUUCGAUCUUGUUUUACUGUGAUGCAGCGAUAGAGGAUUAAUCGUGCCUGUGUUUGUGAUUGAUAAACGCAUUGCUCUUGUGAUUAGUGUGGUGAACAGUGAGAAAAGAAAAAUAUUUUUUUUUUUUUCGUGUGUGCAUCUGAAAAAUCAUUAUCAAGAUGAUGGGAAAACGCACCCACUGUUAUUUAUGCGAUUUACCACGAAUGCCAUGGGCCAUUAUAAUGGAUUUUUCGGAGCCCGUUUGCCGUGGUUGUGUUAAUUAUGAAGGCGCUGAUAGGAUUGAUCUUGUUCUUGAAUCAGCUAAACAGCUGAAGAAAGCUCAUGGCUUUCAGGAUACACGUCCAUCAGCUACCAAGAGUUACAGAGCAACGGGACAUGCUGAACACAAUGGUGGAACAAAUAUCGAUGUAUUGCCCAUACAAAAUGCCAGUCAGGCUCACUCUAGACAUCACAAUAUCGCUAAUUAUUCACAAUUGCAUCAUCGUAACUCGAUAACAGAGUUCAAUUCAUCGACAAGACAGCAACAGCAACAACAGGCACAGCAACAAUUGGCGGCUGCUGCUAGACAACACGAGGAAUCACACGAUAUUGUUAAACAUGACAUGGUUAAGCAUGAUAUGGUCAAGCAUGAUAUUCAUAAUGGAAUUAGAAAUACCAAUGUUAGAAUAACAAAUGCACAUCUUGCUGCUGCACAUCAUGUGGGAAUCAAUCACACGAGGGGAACACAACUCAAGAGGGGUAUAUCCACUAUUGAUGAGGAUGAACAUCCGGAGAAAAAGUUCUCCAUGGAUGAACAGCAUCCUAGUAGGCCACCGUUGACGAGGGGCGACUCGUUACCCGCUGUUAGUCUUGCUGUCAGUUAUGUACAGGACAGGAGCAAGGAGAAACAUCCUGUCAGGGCACCCAGUUUCGAGACUGCAACUACUUUCAAACCAAAUGGUGGUUAUGUGGGACCUUCAAUUCCACUGGCACCGACCAGUGUGGCUACCAAUGGCGGAGGUUCACCACUGCGUCCGAGGACUAGUCCUCCUCCACCCCCUCCACCGCCACAAGAGGCAGGCGGUGGAACACAGCAAGGAUCUCAUCAUCAGGGAGGGACUGGUGGACCUUCGCCAAUGGCAGCACUUAUGUCUGUAGCUGAUACAUUGACAUCUCCCGAGCCUGUGUCACAGCCACCUAAUAAUCCUAGUCCGACUAGUAGGAGUCCUCCUACUACUACUGCUACAGGACCACAGAGAAGUGUAUCCAGGGGCUCACAACAUAGUCCCAAUGGUUCUGGCUCUGGCAGAAGACCGAGCGGUGGUGCAAGACAGCACGUAUCAUCGACAACAGUGAUGACGUCCUCAGAAGGUGCGACGGGAGCUCAACCAGCUGGUGCGGAGCCCGUUUCCAACGCGCCUGCACUCAAGUGCACCCUCUGUCAAGGUCGCCUCGAGGAUACUCACUUCGUUCAGUGUCCCAGUGUUCCUCAUCACAAAUUCUGCUUCCCCUGCAGUCGAGACAGUAUUAAGAGGCAGGGAGCUGGUUCAGAGGUUUAUUGUCCAAGCGGUGAAAAAUGCCCUCUGGCUGAUAGCCAGGUACCCUGGGCCUUCAUGCAGAACGAAAUAGCCACAAUCCUUGCCGAGGACACAGCAACUGGUCUCAAGGUCAAGAAGGAGCGCGAGACUUAAGGGAAUAUGUGCUUGUACAAUUUGGUUGAGGCUCAAGCUAAGAAUAUAUAUAUAAAUAUGUAUAUCACACAUACAAUUGUGACAUGAAACUUGUCCAUGAUCGAGGGAAAAUAAAUCGACAUGUGAACAAGGGAAGGCCUCUGUUUUGGUGGAAUAACCGUGAAGGACCACCGAGACAUGUCUUUGGAAGAUAUAAAAUAUUUAAAAUGGAAAAUUAAACGUAGAGGACAUCCUGUGGGAAUAGCACCGAAGACGUGAUAUUGAUUUUGGAGGUGUUUCGUUGAUGAAAAUUUUUGUGGAGCUUGAGGAGGGGGGCGGUUGUUUGUAGCAGGUUUUGAGCAGUAGUCUUCGGUAAUUUUGACAUGAAGGCACUUCUACACGACUCGUAAUAUCGUAGAGUCGAUGAAAUGAAAAAAAAAACGUUGUUGACGAAGCAAAAUCUUUAUUUGUUUGUUUUUGUUAUUUGCAUUUUGAGUUACAUCUACAAUUUGCAGUUGUCAGACUGCAUAUUUUCCGUAAUUUCUUAAUGAUUGUGAUGAUGAUGAUAAUGGAGGGAUUAUUUUUCACAUGGCUUGAUCGCCUGUACUUUGCAUCCGUCUCAUUAUAUAUUUUUUUUGUAUUUUUGGAAUGCCUCCUGACUGGUGGUAAUUUGUAAAAAAAAAAAACACGCGAAAAUGUAUCUUAUAACUGUGAGGACGUUCGUAUUUUACUGGUCCCGAUGGCGGGCAACUGGAGUAAUGUCCAUUAUUUUCACCACUUUUUUUUCUACAUACGCCUGAUUAAUGGCUAAGUUUAUAAUUUCAACUCGAUUAAAAUACGAGAGAAAUUCACUGGGAAAAGUCCCAGAUUUUUUUGUACAUUGUGUAUAUGUGUACAUAUAUUUGACAUUUAUUGAAACAAAAUGAAGCAAUUUCUAUGAGCAAUGGAGUAAUUCGACAUUGUGAAUGUACAAAAUUCAUUGCUUUGGUCUUUCAUUUACCUCCAUUAAUUGACGUGUGAUGGAAAAUUUUUAACACUAGUUAUAACUUUACAAUUGCAUGAGGAUAAAUUUCACUUUGACGAAGCACUUGUCAGAGCUAUUUGACCGAGUGCCUCUGCACUCUUGCAUUAUUUUACAAUAAAAACUGAAUUGUUAACGAGCGUUUCUACGGUGGGAAAUAGCGUCGUUUAAUUGUCAAUCUGGCAUGGAAAUGAAAGACGACACAGCAGAAGGAAAUGCAGAUUUUCAUUUGGUAAUAAGAAAAAUCAACCAAGUGAGAGAAUUUUUUCGCUGCCGCCCAGGGUUUGCUAUUUCAAUGCUGUCGUGAAGAGUGAAUGUGUGCGACUAAUGAUAGGACGAGUGAUAAAAAAAAAUUGUAACUGGACGAAGCGUAAGAGUGAUUGCAGUUAACGAUAAGUCGGUGAUAAAUGACUGUGCGAUAAACCCUGGCAUGAAGGGGGGUGAGCCCAUCUUUUCUUUUGUAUAUAUUUGUACAAAAAAUAAAUCGAAAAAAUACACACGUUUAGAUAUAUAUCGAUAAUGUAAGUGACAUCACACUAGAAUGUUUCAGCAAUUGUACUGCUAUGAAAGUGAGGAGAGUUUACACUUCGAGUUUUCUCACGUCGAUUUUCAAAAAUGUCAAUUUUUUUUCUGUAUUCUUGCGAAAGACUCAUCGCAUUCUGAUUGGAAUGAAUAGUUAUUCGAUUGUUGUACAUUUGUCUUUUUUUUUCUCAAUCAAAGAAGUUUGAAAACGUUACAUCUGCGAUAGUUAUCAGAUCAUUAUUUCGUUCCUCAGAGUUUCGUUGAGUUGGAGAUAAUUACGAAGAAAAAUAAUUGCCAAUUACAUUUGUCUGCUCCCAAUUUCAAUAAUAAAAGAAUAACUAAAAUACGAAUUUUAAAUCUAUUAAAAGAUAAAGGAUAUUCUCAUAGAACAAUGCAAGGGGUUUUCUAUAAACUUUAAUAAACAAAAACAUGCAGAAGAGGGUUGACAAUUAGAGCUCGAAAAUAAGACAAAUCGAGACGAGAAAAACUUGUCCACCAAAAAUUGUAAUAGCGCAUAAAAAACAUUUUUUUUUCUAGUGUAUCAUAUCUUGGAACGUGUAACAAUGUACUGUUUAUCGUAUGUAUGCAACAAACAAAAAAAGUAAAAACGAAAAUAUAUGUGUUGAUGUGCAA